AGCUGUCAAAAAAAAUGGCAGCUGCAUCAGAGGAAUGUAGAUCAGCUGACAGAUCAGUUGGAACUCGUUUGAAUAGCUUGUUCCAAUUGUUAGAAAAGACAUUGAGUCGAACAGCAGGAAACAAGAAAUCUGAUAUAUCAGAAGAAUUAACACAGAUACGAUAUGUUACUUCUAAAUUAUUAACAGUUAUUUCUUCACAGGAUAAGGCUCAGAAAGAUAUUAUUCUAAAACAAUCUAAUAAUAUCGAAAUAUUAGUCAAUAUAUUACAGACUAUAUAUGAUGACAAUGUUGUGAUAUCUGUUAUCAAUAUUAUUAAUGAAUUAUUGGGAAAAGCACCUUUUGGGAAAAGAGCAUCAAUAUUGGUAAACCAUGGUGUAUCAAGUGUUUUGUUCAAUAUUCUAAGACAAGCUGUCAGUGCUGAUAAUACUUUACCAGAAGAUGCCCAAUUAACAAUACAUUGUAUAUUGGGUCGUAUUGGGCAUAAAGAUAGAAAGUUUGCUGUGAAAGCCAGAUUAAACAAUGUUUUGUUGUUAACAUUAAACUUGUUAAAGAGUAACACCAGUAGUUUUAAAAACAUGCAGAUUUUAUUACAAGUUUUUAAAUACUAUACCUCAAACAGUGUUAAUGCAUCCUAUGUUGGUAAACAUAACUCUAUUAGUAUAUUGUUUAAGAUAAUAGCGUUAUGUGGUAAAAAACAUACAACAGUUCUAAAAUUAGCUUUAGAUAGUUUAAACAAUCUCACUAAAUCAAAGAGUAAUUCAGCAAGAACUAUAGGAAUGGGAGGAGUUACUACAUUAUUAACAUUAUAUACAGAAUGGCAUCAAUUUGAUACAAAACAUAAAUAUAAUAACUUGAAGAAAUCCAUACUACAUAUUCUUAAAAAUAUCACAAAUCUUAAAUCAGGAAGAAAAGCUCUAUUAGAAUCAGAUGGUAUAAGAAUUCUGUAUGAAACAUGUCAAGAUAUAUCAGAAAGUCGUGAAAUGGAGAGUUUGAUAUUACUAGCUAGUAUUAUAAUGAGAAAAUGUUGUCCCAGAAACAAACUACCUCUAGAAAACACUGAUAGUGCUGUUACGUUUCCUCUACCAUUAUCAGAUAGACAUGUUCCCGAUUGUGAGGUGCCUGAUAGUGAUAAUGGUACCAGUAAUGGUAAUGAAAGUGAUCACAGUUCACUAGAUAAUGAUGAUGAUAUUGAUAGCGAUGAUGAAAGAUUUAGAACAGAUCAUUCCGAAGAUCAAGAAGAUGACCAAACUGAUGCCAUAGAACAACCUGAACCGAGAUCUGUAGAAGAGUUAAGAUCUUACAGUAAAUUUUUUCCAGAACUCUUUGAAUUUGAGACUCGUCCAGUUUCUAGACAGUCAAUCUCUGGUGUCAAAUCAGAUUUUGUGACACCUGAAGCAGACAACCAAUCAAUAUUAUCUGUACCAACAUGUCGACGAGUCCAUUCUUUUUCAAACAUAUCAGAAACUCUACCAAAAUUAUAUCAAAAUAGCACUACUUCAAGUGAAUCAGAUUCAGUUCUGUUUCAAUUUGACAAAUUAAAGUUAAAAAAUAGACAUUCAGUACCUGACUUACAAUUUGAGUCCAAAACAAAAGUAGACUCAGCGACUGCAGUUAAUCUUAAAACUGGGACCAGUGUGUUCACCCUUGAUGUUCAACUGCCAUCUCCUAUUAAAUCAAAUUCAAAAUCUGCAACAGACGCAAUGUGUAUAACACCACUAGUGACACCUAGGGACCAACUGGAAGAGUUUAUUGCCACAUCAGUUGUUGAAGAUUAUGAGGAAGAUGUUUUUGACUGGUUUAAAGAUCCUCAACUGUAUUCUCAGCUGGCAAGAGAAACUAAAAGUGUCUAUAGAUUUGAAAAGGUGGCAUAUCCUGAUCUAAAUUCAGCAAGAGGAAAUUCAAAUCCUGAGAAAUUAUAUAACAGAAAAUUUGGAGUUCAGAGGGUUAAGAUAUUUGAAGAUAUAGAUAGAAUGAUUCAUUCAGAUCUACUGAUAGAGAGAAUUGUGUAUGAUUUAGGUGAAGUAGUCAACGACACCAACUAUAGUAUAUUAAAUGUUGAUCAUCUAAUAUUCAAUGCCCAGUUUGAGUCGGCUAAUCUGAGAAGAGUAAUACAGGUUAGAGAAUUUGAGUAUGAUCUGAUAUUAAAUCCUGAUAUUAAUACCAAUCAUCAUCACCAAUGGUUCUAUUUUCAAGUAUCAAAUAUGAUAGCUGAUGUUCCUUAUAGAUUUAAUAUUGUCAACUGUGAGAAAAUCAACAGUCAGUUUAACUUUGGUAUGAAACCAGUGAUAUAUUCAGUAGGAGAAGCAAUGGAAGGUAGAGAUGGCUGGAUGAGAACAGGAACAGAUAUUUGUUAUUAUAAAAACCAUUUUAUACGUAGUGCUAUUACUACUGGUGGUGUUAAAGGCAAAUCAUAUUAUACCACCACAUUUACAGUGACAUUUAAACACGAUAGAGAUAUCUGUUACUUAGCAUAUCAUUAUCCAUACACUUAUACCACAUUAAAGUGUCAUCUAUAUCAUUGGGAAAGUAUUUGUGAUGCAAGUCAGAUAUUUUAUAGACAUCAAAGUUUAUGUGAAACAUUAGCUGGUAAUUCAGUUCCUGUAUUAACUAUUACUGCUCAACCUUCUCCUAAUGAUAAUGAUAAUGCUGAAUUCAAGAGAAGACCAUAUAUAUUUUUGUCAAGUCGUGUCCAUCCAGGUGAAAGUAAUUCCAGUUGGGUUAUGAAAGGUUCAAUAGAUUAUUUAUUAAGUAGUCAUCCAGCAGCUCAAAGAUUACGUGAAACCUAUAUAUUUAAAAUAGUUCCUAUGUUAAAUCCUGAUGGAGUCAUCAAUGGAAAUCAUAGAAGUUCAUUAGUAGCAGAAGAUUUAAACCGAAGGUGGUCUAGACCGUGUCCUAAAUUACAUCCUACUAUCUAUCAUUCUAAAGGUUUAUUACAUUAUCUCAAUAUGAUCAACAGAACACCCAUGGUAUCUUGUGAUUAUCAUGGUCAUUCUAGACGUAAGAAUAUAUUUAUGUAUGGUUGUAGUCCCUCAUUGUCCUGGAUACCAAAUGAUACCCAAAACCCUGCUUCAACUGGUAAUAAACAUGAAGAUAAUGGCUUUAAGACUUUACCUCGGUUAUUGAGUAUCAGUUCUCCAGCAUUCUGUCUACAGAACUGUAGUUUUGUAGUUGAGAGAUGUAAAGAAUCAACAGCUAGAGUUGUUAUCUGGAGACAGCUAGGGGUAGCUAGAAGUUAUACCAUGGAAAGUAGUUAUUGUGGAUGUGACCAAGGCAAAUAUAAGGACCAACAUCUAAAUACAAACAUUUUAGAAGAAAUGGGCCAUAAAUUCUGUGAAUCUCUAAUGAGAAUUGUAAGAUCUAAUGUUAUAAACGAUUCUAAUUCCAUGGAAUCAAAAGAUGUCUUACAAUUUCUGGAGGCAUCAGCUGCAACUUACAGGUAA